CGGCAGGCCACGUUGGCGCCCGGUCCGCAAGGCGAGGCGAAAUGUCCUUUGUGCCCCCGCCCCUUUGUUCAUGUGCCCGUGACCCUGGUCCAGCCCGUUGACCGCUCCCACUCUCUUCACCCCCCUCUCGCUAUCCCGCCGCCGCCGACGCGCCUUUCUUCCCCACUGCGCCGCCGCCUCUCCCGUCCCGCCUCCCCCAGCGCAACGGCGGCCAGGGCUAUGGCGCAGAGGGCCGACUAAGGGCAAGGCGUGUGAUGUAAUAGGUCGCCAUCUCCCGUGGCCGCAAUGGAUCCUGGUGAUUGUCCUCCCUGAUACAAAUAAAUGAGGGACAACAUCAGUGUGCAUCUACACAAAGAGUUCUGAGCAAGAUGGCAUCAAUAAACUGGGUGGCAGAGAGAGCUAUUCCAUUGCUCAAGAUGAACCCAACAAUGGGGGCUUCAGAAAUGCAAAAGCAGUUGAGAUUCAAAUACAACAUUGAAAUCCCCUACCAGACAGUGUACAAUGGGACAAAGAGAGCAUCUGAGAGAAUUUUUGGUAAGUGGACUGAUUCCUUUGAUUGGUUGUACAGGUUUAAGGCAGAGAUAGAACUGAGAUCUCCAGGCAGUGUGGUAGAGAUAGACACUGUCACUGAUGAGGAUGGCAAAGUUAGGUUUAGCAAAUUUUUCUGUGCCUUCAAAGCUAGUAUAGAUGGUUUCUUGAAUGGCUGCAGGCCUUACCUUAGUAUAGAUGCCACUCAUCUAAAUGGCAUGUGGUGUGGCCAUAUGCCUGCAGCAUUAGCUUUGGAUGGGCACAAUUGGAUGUUUCUAGUGGCCUUUGGGUUUUUUGAGGGAGAGAGCAAAGAAAAUUGGAUUUGGUUCAUGCAACAACUUAAGAAAGCAAUAGGCCCCAUGCAGCAUUUAGCUAUCUGUACAGAUGCUUGCAAAGGAUUAGAGUCGUCUGUCAAAGAUGUGUUUCCAGAUGCAGAGUGGAGAGAAUGUUUCAGGCAUUUAAUGGAUAACCUAAAGAACCAGUACACUGGUGAUGUAUAUGCCAAAAACAUGUGGCCUGCAGCUAGAGCAUAUUCUCCCCAUAAAUUCAAAUACUUCUUUGACAAGGUGCUGGCAGCUAGUCCAGACAUCCAGAAAUGGUUAGAUGAGCAUCAUCCUUUUCUUUGGGCAAGAAGCAAGUUCUCUCCAGACAUCAAGUGUGACUAUAUAAACAAUAAUUUAGCUGAAUGUUGGAAUGCAUGGAUCAAAGAGAUGAAAGACCUGCCUCUGUAUUGCAUGGCAGAUGCUAUUAGAGAGAAGGUAAUGAUCUUGUUUGCCAAAAGGAGGAAGAUUUCCACAUCAUUGCCUCAUGGUAUAUUGCCUGCUGUGAUACAUCAGCUCAAUGCUGCAUCUAGGGGACUAGGACACUUGAAGAUUUCCAAAGGUCACCCAAAUGAAGCUGAAGUCACAGAGGUGUACAAAGAUGAAGAAGUUAGAAGACAUGUGGUGUACUUGUCUCAAAAAAUUUGCACAUGCAGACAGUGGCAAGUGACUGGUAAACCAUGUCCACAUGCAUUGACUGUGAUAACUAGCAUGAGGCAGCCUGACAUGGGUUCUUUUGUGGACAACUACUAUUCAGUGGCCAAGUUUCAAGCAGCUUAUGCAGGCAUUAUUCCUAGCAUCACUGACAGGAAUCAAUGGCCUGAAGUUGACAAGGGGUUUACACUGCACCCUCCUAUCCAGAAAAAGAAAGAGCCAGGAAGGAUGAGGAAAAAUAGGAUCAAACCAGCCAGUGAGAGAUCAGGCAAAGCAACUAGGCAAGUCAGGUGCCCUAACUGUCUUGAGUAUGGUCACAGAGCUACUAGCUGGAAGUGUCACCUGACUGGAACAAAAAAAAGGAAGAAACCUAAGAAGAAGAAUCCUGCCAAGCCUGGGAGGAAAAAGAAGUCCAAGCCAACUGCUGUUGAUGCUACUGAACAGCCAACUCCAAGGACUAGAGGAGCACUGGCAAGGGAAGCUGCUGCAAAAGCAAAGAGAGAUGCAGAAGAAGCAGAACUGAAGGCAGCAGCAGCAAGGGAAGCAGCAGAAGCAGCAGCAAGGGAAGAGGUUGAAGCUACCAGGAAUGAAUUUGCAUCAUCUGUCCCUGAGCCAAGUGAAGAAGCAGCCCUUGAACCUAUGGCUUUGGCAGUGAUUAAUGCCCCAGAACCAAUUCAGACAACCCCCCAGCAAAAAGGUCAUUGUCUGCAACAUCUUUUUCCAAAUAUUAACUCAUUUGUUCAAUGUGUGUACUUGUUUUCAUGGCAGGGCACUAUUCUCAGAUGGUGAACAUGGCAAGAAACUUACACCAAAGAGGAAGGCCUUGGCAACUAAAGUGAAAAAAACACCACCUAAGAAGAAAGCACGCAAGAGCAAGUGAGGAGUGAGGAGUGAGCAGUGACGCUAGUGUCUUUUGUGGUGUAUGAUUGGCCAAAUUACUGUAUUUUGCAUGGCCUUUGUCAACUUCUGUGUUGUAAAGUGAACUCCAUGUAUUCUCUGUUGGGAACUCCAUGUAGUUGGGAACAUUCUCUGUUGGU